CCUAAGUACAAUCUACUUGCUAAACAAGGCACGUCGGCCGUUCGUCUUACAGGCAGUUAGAGAUGCUGCGAAUAAGAAUGCUCAAGCUAGUAUGCUAAGAAUAGAAAGUUGCCAACCCUUUACAAUGGAAUAAAUGCUUCUAUUUAUACCCGCCAAUGGGCAGGUGGCUGUAGUGACGUGGCAGCCUGUGGACCGCUGGUGUCCCAACUACCAAAUCUUUAGCAUUAAAUGCACUUCCCGCCAGAAUCUAGGUUUCCCGCCGGAUCAGUGGGGACGUUCGUCCAUCGGGAAGUGAGUUGGAUUGCUCCAAGGGACCCUUGGGAGAUAUCGGCUGUUCGUCUCCUGGCCUUGACAGAUACUCACCAUGUGGACUGGGUUUUCUCCGAUGACUACAGGCUUGCUAUGGGGACGUUCGUCGCCGUCCCUGGUGGCCCGUGGUUCUGCUCCUUAUCCCUGCACAGACGUUCGUCGGGAUGAGCUGCUGGGCCUGAGUCCCCCAACACCAGACGUUCGUCCAUCCUCAAGGAACAUGGGCCUGUGUGCUGGCCUAGUGAUCUAACUGGACGUUCGUCUGGCGAAAUGGGUUAGUGGGCCGGACCUCGGCUUGGGCCCUUAACCCAACACAAGUCCCCCACUUCUGAUGUUCUGAGCAUGCGCAGGACAUAAGGAAGUAUGAACCUCCCCGAAGUAGACGUCCGUAUCUUGGUACUUGUGUUUAUUGCACCUGGUGGAAGCGUACGUUCGUGGUCAUGAUGCUUGACAGCUGUUUGACGGUUCAGGAAACGAGGUGACGGCUGAUGUUGCGGCGGCGCGUUUUCCCGAGGAAGUGUCAUCAUUACGUUCCCAUCCCACGCACAGCGCGUGGGCCGGAAUACGCUCCUUGCCACGUGUCAGCCCCUCGUUGGUUUCUUCGUCGGUGCUUCUCCUAUAAAUGCUAGGUUUUCCCUCUGAAUUAGGGUUCCCAAUUUCUGCUUUCUUGCUCUCGAUUUUCCGCAGCUCUUCAAGUUUCCCAAAUUCGGCCAACCAUACCUUUGUAAGGUAAUUUCCCCCCUCUGCUUCUUUUCUUUAUUCUGAUUUCUAGCCGAAAUGACUUCGAUGGAGAUUUCCUCAAGUUCCGAUUCCAGUUCGUCGGGUUCCUCCUCGGGCUCCUCUUCUGACAAUGCGAAUGCACGCUCCCCGGGAAAAACUAGUGUUUCCGGAACCUCGGGUUCGGCCACGACUGUGGGGACCAUCCGGGCUGAUGGCGAGCCGGAUGACGUGUCCCAAGAUAGCGGGAGCGACGCCGGGGGCGGGGGCGCUGACGGGGCAGUAGAUGUUAUUGACGCAGUCCCCCUGAAUGAGCGUCCUGCUGAUUAUGAUUCCGGAGAGGAAGCCGAAUCUGGUUCUGAUGUGGAGGUGUAUGAUCUGGGCAUCCCCACGGAUAGGGAGCGCCACAUCUGCCCGAUCAGGAGUGCACUUGACCAUGACCAAGUCCUUUCCCGCGUGGCCCUCAAUAAAAUCCGUACCUUCCUUCCCCCGUCGUUCGUCUGGAGUGUGAGAGGUGCUGAGCAUGUGAUGAGGAGACGUCCGGGGAUGAUCAUGCUUCACCUGGACUCCGUUGAAGCCGGGCUGAGGUUUCCACUUCAUGCGUUCUAUGUGGAGUUCUUCCACUGCUUCCAGGUGGCCCCGGCGCAAUUCAUGCCAAAUUCUUACAGAUUCAUAUCGGCCUUCUUGGUGCGCUGCCAACUUGCGGGGGUCGAUGCCACUCUGGAGCUCUUCCAUUAUUUCUACCGCGUCACUCCUCAGAACGCCGACGGGUAUCUGAGCGUGGCCGCACGUCCUGGGAGGCGGCUGUUCAAGAACUACCCUUCGUCCAUCCACGACUGGAAGAACCGUUUUUUCUUCCUUCGAUACGACGGGCCUCCUCUCCCUCUCCGGUGGAAUGGGUACCCCCCAAAGAUCGAGUCAUCGGAGCCGUCCGACGAUCUGCUUCUGGAUGCGGAGAAGGUGUUGGAGGGUGGCGUCCGUCCUAUAGCCGGAUUCCUGACCUUCGAGGCACUCUCUGGGGCAGGCAUAGGUCCUCCGCCAGACAGGGAUCAAAUGAAUCACGCCGAGUGCCUGAAGACCAGGAAGGCCAAAGCGGCCGCCGCUAAAGCUGCGAUGGAGAAGGCCAAGAAUGCCCCCGCCUCGGCGUCCAACUCCUCGGCUUCUGACGCUGCCCCGGCGAACUGCCGAGGGUGAGCAGCAUCUGAUUGCCACUGUGCUGGCUCAGGGUUCCGGGGCCCCUGCUCUCGAAGCCGCCCUUCCCCUGCCGGUCGUCCUCACGAAGACGGCUCCUCAGAAGGGUCCGGAGAAAGCCCCGGAGAAGAGACAGAAGAGGGGCCGCGAAGCAGGCUCCACCGGGCCCCUGCUUGAAGACGCCGACUCCUUGCCAUUGAGCCGCCCGGCGGAAGAGCUCUGGAGGGAGAUGGCCCUCAAGGCUGGUCUAGAGCUGCCCAGCCGUUCGUCCUCUAAGGCGACAAGCGCUGCCCUGGCAGCCGCUCUUCAGGUAAUUCCUUGCUAGCUCUGAGUAUAUCUCUUAUUUUCCUUGAUGUUCAUCCUCUGAUCCUUAUUUUUUCUUCUUCUGUCAUCCAGUCUGGGCUUCUAGUCCUUCAGGCUGAAGCUGCCCGGGAGGCCGACCUGAAGGAGGCCAAGGCCAAAGCUGACGCGGGCAUCGCUGCGGCCCGGGAGGCCGCUCGUCGAGCAGAGGCGGAGGCGGCCGCCAAGGAGAAGGAGAUCGCCGCCCUGCGGGCAGAGUCCCGCCAGCAGCUGGCCAGCCUUGAGAAAGCUGGCUUCAAGCUUGUCCCGGUGCACCCUACUGCAAAGGGUGCCAGUCCGGAGUGGCUGGUCGAUACCUCCGGCUAUCGGAACACCGGGGAGUUCAUGGAUUCCGCCAAGGAUUACUGCGCCGGAGCCUUCGGUGACGUUUUCUCUGCGGCGCUGGAGAAGAUCCCACCCCGGCAGCGUCUGGCGAGCGGGGUCCGGAUUCUGGAGAGCUCCCCCUUGUCUCACAAGUUCCUCUACGAGGUCGGCGACAGCUCCUUCGCCGCCGGUUACAAUGAGGGGGUCAAGGCCACCCUUCCCAUCUUCUCAAGGCUGCAGGGGGCCGACUUCGAGCUCGCUGCCAAUACGGAUGAUGAUCUGCUGCUCCAAGCCUUGGGGAAGUUGGGGAGGGACCAACGGCGGGAGGAAGCCAAGGCCAGAGGAGAGAUUCUGGAGCCCCCGACCCCUGAGCCCGAGGCCGAGGAGGAAGAGCAGAUUCCGGGAGGCAGCCGGCCUGAAUCCCCCUUCUUUGUAUAAUGUACUUUGUAUUUUUCCAUUCCAACCUUUGUAAUGUCCGGCCGUUAGAGCCGAGGAAUAUACAUCUUUUUGCCCAUGAUUAUUCCAUGUUCAUGAUUUCUACUUGUUAUUCUCCUUCCUUCUGUCCUUCGAUGUAUGGAAACCCCUUCGGCGGUCCGACAUGCCUUGUAGCAAGGUCAGAGUCCGAGAGGACGUUCGUAUCCGUCCUCUACUUGCUUCCAGGCAAAAGCGUCCCGAAGUCAAUCCUCCGUACGUAUUCAACGCGUUCCGUCAAUGGAGCGACGUUCGUCGGUGGUUUAUGGUGCAUGCUCGAAGUGUAGACAUAGGAACGUAUUUCUCAGCACCAGCACUUGAUAACGAUGUCCGCCCGUCGUCGCGUGAUAUGAACAUUCAAACCACGCGCGGGACGUUCGUCUGUUUUGCGUGCUCAUCUGGCACGAAGUGUGGAGAGGCGGCGUUCAUCCUUUGUGCACCAUCAAUGGACGUGAUUUUCACUUCAUUCUUUUGUGCCCAUCGUUUGUAGUAUGAGGAAUCCCUCCGGCGCCUCGACACAUCUUUACCGCCUACGCGGUCUCUGGACAGUGGGAAGACGUUCGUCGGUAAUUGCCUUGCCAGCACACGAUUCAAGUAUGGACUUAUGGGCGUAUUUCCCUGAAACAGCGCUUGGUGACGACGUUCGUCCAUAUUGCGUGACAUAAAAAACUGGUGUGCUGCAAGAGGGACGUCGCCAGUUGAUUCGUGUGCCCUCGC